UAGCAGCUACCAGCGGACUUCGGGGCCCCUUGGUCUGGUCGUUCCGAGCGGAACAAGCAUCCCGCGGGCGCCGCCGGGAGUCGUAGUCCGUCGCGCGGGAGUCGCUGGGAGCUGAAGUCCGCCCCGCCUGCCCAGUCAGCGCGGUGCUGCCCGCCUGGCACUCGGAGCCUGGAGCCGCCGCCCAGGGGAAUGCGGGAGCCCCUGGCUCGGGGGAUCAGAGAGGCAGGCGGGCAGGAGCCGAGGACGGCAUGUCCCAGGCCCCGGAAGCACGUCCGUGCCCGACCUCCGUGUACCACGAAAGGCAGCGCCUGGAGCUGUGCGCCGUCCACGCCCUCAACAACGUCCUGCAGCAGAGGCUCUUUAGCCAGGAGGCUGCGGAUGAGAUCUGCAAGAGGUUGGCUCCAGACUCCCGGCUGAACCCCCACCGCAGCCUGCUGGGCACUGGCAACUAUGACGUGAACGUGAUCAUGGCCGCCCUGCAGGGGCUGGGCCUGGCUGCCGUGUGGUGGGACAGGAGGAGGUCCCUGUCCCAGCUGGCCCUGCCCCAGGUGCUAGGGCUCAUCCUGAACCUGCCCUCGCCAGUUUCACUGGGGCUGCUGUCCCUGCCUCUGCGCCGGCGGCACUGGGUGGCCCUGCGCCAGGUGGACGGUGUCUACUACAACCUGGACUCCAAACUGAGGGCACCCGAGGCCCUGGGGGAUGAGGAUGGUGUCAGGGCCUUCCUGGAGGCUGCCCUGGCCCAAGGCCUGUGUGAGGUGCUGCUGGUGGUGACCAAAGAGGUGGAGGAGACGGGCUGCUGGCUCCGCACCGACUGACCCAUGAUGGACUGGCUGCAGGCCACGCAGCCACACCCUGCCCGAGUGCUGGGGAGGGCCUGCACUUGUGGACCCCACAGAGGCCACAAGCCCUCCCCCACAUCCCCUGUUCCCCAGUGCCACUGCUGCCUCAAUAAACCCGUGGAUUUGC